CAUAUACGAGGUUACGAACGAAGACUUGUGGUAGUGAGUGAGUGGUGAUGGUGACUCAGGUGAAGAAUCCGGUUAGUGUCGCUUGGGACGGUGACGAGAACGGACGUACCUGUGUCUCUCAUCCACUUGGCCCAGAAAGUCACCCAGCGCUCAGGUCAUCACCCAAGUCUACCUUGGUGGUUCGUGGUGGUCCUGGUGGAAGAUGACGCCUGUUGUCAUGGUGGUGUGGUUGUUGGUUGUGGUCGGGUGCUGUUCUACCACAUUGGCCCAAACAGAUGUCUCGUUGUGUUUCGACAAGUCGCCGUUGUGCAAGACCCAGGCUGAACAGGGCCGCUGUACGACACUGGAGAAAGAGAUGGAGGAAAGAUGUCCUGUGUCAUGUGGAAAGUGUUUCAGAAGACCACCGCCUCCUACCAUAGCCAAACCGAAUUUUGAGUGCGGUGGUGGAAGCAAUAUAAAUAAUCUUAGGCAAAACCCCAUCAAGCCCGAGAAUAAUCUCGGGAACGGCCCCAUCAACCCCGGAAACGGCCCCAUCAACCCCGGAAACGGCCCCAGCAACCCCGGCAGCUCGAGGGGUGGCCGGAGGUCAAGAACAGCGGGCCCACAGCUCGGCUCCACCUCGGAGUCAUCGCUUCACCCCCAAGUCCAGUUAUCAGAUCUGAGCGUCCAGGACACCUUCUGCGGAGCGACACCCAUCUCUGACCGCUACUUGUUGACGGCCGCUUUCUGUGUCUUCGAUCCUGUCCACCCAAUCAGCACAGUAAGGCUGGGAGAACUGGACUUCUCAAAAGACAAUGAGACCAACGCUCGUCCGCGAGACUACCAAAUUGAGCAGAUUAUUGUCCAUCCUGACUACCAGCCAGACUCCCCGGUGCGGAGCUACGACAUAGCCUUACUGAAGACGGUGGAGAAAAUCUCCUUCAACGAUGUGGUGUUUCCUUUCUGCGUGUCCUCCGAGCGUCCGUCUGUAGGAACCACAGUUAUCGGCUCAGGCUUCGGCCUGGUUAAUGAAACUCAUCAGUCGCCCGUGUUACAAGAGGUGGAGGUGGAGGUGAUGGCGUUAGCUGAGUGUGAGAAACAGUACCAGGAAGCGGGACUCUUGCCACACCUCAAACAAGCUUACCCUAACUUGUUAAAUGGCAGCAAGGUCAUAUGUGCUGGAUACCCAGGCAGGGGGGCAUGUAAGGGUGACGAGGGAGGGCCGCUGUACCUGGAUGACGGACAAGGUCAUCGUUACCUAGUCGGGAUCGUCAGCUUCACAGGAGCCUGCAAGAAGGAGUCUGUCAUGCCCGGCAUCUACACCAACGUCGCCGACCAUAUUGACUUUAUUGAUAGUGUCUUGUAUGGCGGUAACUAGUCUAUCUAUCUAUCAAUAAAUCUAUUUAGUUAUCUUC